AUGGCAGGGUACAAUGAGAUCUUCGUAAACUCUUUAGAUGAAGAUGUUAAGUGUUGUUUCUGCCAUUUACCUCUACGUGAACCCGUUCAAACAAGAUGUGGACACAGAUUGUGCCGUGAGUGUCUCGAGGAAUUAACGCAGUCGACGACAAAGUAAGAAAAACGUGAUGUAUUCAAAGAUACGGGGAAAGCUGAUUUAUUGUGCUUGUAGAUAAGUUAGUAUAUACUGUAUUCUUAAAAAGAUGUACUCCGCUUUCCCCUCUAUUUUGUGGGAAAAAAGUGGAGGAAUGGACAAUAUUUCCAGGUUUCAUAGAGGAUAGUACGGGGUUCAAAAUUGAAAAAAAUUGUUCCUUGACACUUAAUAAAUAAUAUUUAUCAUGUCGUGGGCACGCCUGAUGGGGUCUUGGUUUUCUACUUAAGGUGGGGUUUUGUAGAAAACAAAGACCUUGCUCAAAUUUCUUGAUAAUGGUAUAUCAUAUUCUUUCUUGCUUUUUCUUUGGUUGAGAUUACCUUUUUUCUAGCAAUUUUCACGUGAUUCCCAAAUGUUUUGAUGGGCGGGGUCUUCGUUUGUGAUUAAUCUUCUUUUUUAACCGAAGCUUCGAGUCAAAUUUGUUGGUGGUUGUAGAUCCUGCUGUUCCUUAAUAUACAGUUAACGUGUCUGUACAAUUUGAGUUGGCGACUGUUUCAAGCUAAUUUUCAAGUGAUUUUAAGGAAGUCUUUGUCUGUUGCAGUUAGAUGUGCCUGGCAUUGUUACAGGGGUCCAAGUUGCACACCCCUGCCAAAAAUUUCCUAAAGGCCUCCCCUCAGCUAGCAAGAAAAAUAAAGGCUCUGGUGGCAGGUUUUCCUGGGGUAAUCCCCAUAAAGAUGACAGGGGUGCAUGUUGGACAAUUUUCACAACACCGCUAAAGGUGAUCAUUUUAUGGGCAUGGCUAAAAUAUAUUGAUUCAUUCACCGACACUCAUAAGAGGUACCAAAUUAAAUAAACAACAAAUUAACUGGCACUGACAAAUUGUGGUUGACUAUUUACUUGACUAACAAAUAAAUUCCUUCAUUUUUAUGAUUCAACUCUGUUACCCUUGUAAGGUACUGCAGCAAACCUAAUAGCGACAAAUGUUGACCCUAAAAGGUACAACAAUGAUCCUUGUCAUUUUAGCGGAGAGUAAUCCUUCAGGGCAGGAUCAGUUUAAAUCAAUUCAGAGUUUGUGUAUUGAUCAAUGUUUGCAGGGAUGACAAGUCAAACAAUGAUGAUCUGUUUUCUUUUACUUGCCCAGUGGAUAAUGUGAAGUUGGAUUUUAGCGUGGUAAGUAUUUGUCCAUUAACUAGCACACUAAUAAUAUUGUUUUUCUUGUUCAUGAAAUUAUUUUUACGAUCUUGCCUUUCUGCUUGCCUUUGUUCAUAGGACACCUUCCCUGACAAAGCAACAGAAAGAAAGAUUCUGUCAUUGAUCAUUCAGUGUCCAAAUGGUUCUUGUGAGUGGACAGGACCACUUGGGGAAAAACAAGUAAGACUGUUUAACUUACUCAGUGAUACCCCAGUUUUUCUUCCUUGCACAACAUGAUUAUACUGAUUGGGAAUUUAAGUAAGAGGUAAGAAAUUCUUGCAGACACCUUCCAGACAUUGCUGUGCAGUUAAUUGUUACACCUCCAGUAGUGAUUUCAAUGCGCAUUGGAAAGGAAUACCCAUGUUGUGUUCAUCUGGAUGAUAAAGUACAUGUAAUCUAUAUAAAUGUGCUUUUCUUAAAAUUUCGUCAGAUACAUGACUUAAUGAUCGAUUUAUCUGAGACUGCCAUUGAACCCGAAAACAACAAUAUAUUCAAACAUACAUGCAGUAAUAAGUUUUAAAUCUCCAUGCACUCUUGUACAUGUGGUGGCCCACACAUUCACAAAAAAUGUUUCCGCAUGCUUGCCAAAGUCUCUUUUCCUUUUGUUUGUAUUUUUGAUUACAUGUGCGUGCAAUUUGCAAUCAGACAUUAAGCAUUGUUUUUCAUUGACAGAAACACUUGGAUUGUUGUCUCUUGCUUGUUGUCUCUUGUACAAAUGAGAACUGUAAAGAGACCAUGGUGAGGAAGGAUUUGGAUGAACAUGUGACUGUCACAUGUCAAUGGAGGAUGAUAUACUGUUCAUACUGUAGUGUUUCACUUCCUGAUUGCCAUUUGAAGGUAAAAAGUCACAUUGUGCUUUUAAUAUGUUUUCACCAUAGUCUCAUUUCACAAAGUGAAAAAAUAACAACAAGUAAUAAUAAUACCAAAAAAAAAAAUAGAAACAAGAAAGGAAGGAAAAGAAAUGAACUACUGGUUACAUGUAUAACCAUAAUUGCUGAAUAGAAAUUUGACACAUUGGAAUUUAUACUUGUGAAACAAUGUCACAUGUCAUUGCACUAGUGGCUUUGUUUUUAAUACUUUGCCUUUUUUUCCAAGGAACACAUAAAUAUAUGUUCAAAGUAUCUUGUUGAGUGCCCCAAUACCUGUGGCGUGGAAAUUCAACGGGAAAAGGUAAGGUGUUCAGUGCCUGAUCCAGACCCUCAGAUGGAAGGGGGGGGGGUGCAGGGGGGUGGUCUCUGGGCCUCAGUUUAGUCUAAAAAUAAGGGGCCCCCCCUGGAUCCGCCACUGGGUGUUUCCUUUAAAAAACCUUAAAACUGCUCUUCUUAGUGGACAUGCCACUAGGGAUCCAGAUCAAUUAUGGCAUGUUUAAUAUAUGUUUGACAGUGUACACAGGUGACCCUCGGUUUAUGGAAAAUAUUUAAAAAUCAUUGGAUGUGGUCAAGUUUGAUAUGAAGAAUUAUGCAGAUCGAAUAAUUUGUAUAGCAUGAAAGCAUAAUUCAUUGAUAAUCAUUGUUUUAUUAAUCAUACGAAAUACCUUUAAGCUGAACACGUAUUUCCUAGUAUUUCUCAGCAAUUUCAGGAUAUGAAGGGAUGUUUUAUUCUAGUAGAUAUUCUUUUUAUGGCAGUGGGCGUCUCUAGUUCAGCUGUUUCAUCUCCGCAUGAUAUGUGAAGGUUUUCGCCAUUUUCUUCAGCUCUAGAGUGCUAAAACAACUGGGCCUCUGCGUCGCUCCUUUCCAAGGCGUCUGUGCCUCCCUUUUUCAGUCAAAUAAUUUACUAUGGAGAGAAGUUAUUACAUCACGUUGCCAUGGUAGCAGAAUUUUUGGAUGACAACAAACCAAAACGUCACUUAAAAAGUGGAUUCGCACUGUUUCAAACUUCAUCAAUCUUAUUUAAUUUCAUUUAAUUUGUCAAAUGUUGGCGAAAUACUCUGGGUAAAAUCCGAAAGGACCGUAUGUAAGUUUAGAAAAAGAAAAACAAAAUUUUUUUGUUGUGCUCACCUACUCCAUAAAGCGGGCGCGUGAAAUUAGGAAGUUUCAUGUCGUGGUCGUGCAACAACGGCUAGGAAAUGUACAAAAAAGCGUGAUGCACGUGCAAAGAUGUUUUUUUGCCAAUCUAAACCUAUUAUUUUUUUGCUGUUCGCCGUUGCCGUUGCAAAAACUCCCUAUUGUUGUCAUCCAGAAAUUUUCCUACCAUGGUAACGUGACGUCACACUUCUCCUCUCUAUUGACGUCAGUCGUAAAUGAACAGCAAACGUCUUCCUAAUUUGGUCAUCGCUGGCUGGUUAUGUAGGAUUAGCCGGUGAAUUACUUUCAAUAAAUAGUAAUUUCUUUUUUGACCCUUCUUUAUUGCAACCUUGCUUCAGGAAAUAAAGCAAAACCAAAAGCGGCACAGAGAUUUGCAAAAAAUUUGACAUUUUAAUGGAGGAAUCAUAGACUGAGAAAACACCCAGCGAAUUUUCCAAUGGCACCUCCUGUUUCCCCGCGAAAUAACGUCUGAGUAGCGAGAGCAGAAAUUGCCUACUGAUGACAGGAUUUUGCUUCUAAUUGGCUGAAAAUUUGUUUCAACCAAUCAGAAGCACUACCCAGAUCUGGGUAGUGAUGCGUCAUCAGUGUGGAAUUUCUGCACUUGUUUCUCAGACGUUAUUUGGCGGGGAAACCGGUGGUGGUGUCGCGGAAUGUCGGCAGUUUUCUCCGGCUAGGGGAAUCAUAGCUGUCGUGUUAUUAUUCACUUACUAAGCAAUACUGGCUGCACUGAGAUGUUGUCACUAUGAUUCCGGCACAAGAUCACAAGUUGCCUGGGCAUAGUUGUCUUUCUAAUUUCAAUGUUAAAUUAUCCAACCUUUAUAGAUCCCACAUCACGUUGAAAAUGACUGUCCACUGGAGAUAGUAUCCUGCCCUUAUGCUCAGAUGAGCUGUGAUGUAAAGGUAAAUUCAAACAGUACUGAGUUACUGAUAGAUUGGCCACGAGUAAUUUAGCAAAAAGGAGACGUUUUGCACUAAGAUCUACAUGUAUAGUUUCAAGAAAGAUACUUUCAGUGGAAAUCAAUUGAAAGAUUAGCGAAUGUUUAGGGUAGAAGCGGGGGGGGGGGGCACUCCAUCAAAAACUAUUUUCCAUUCAUUUCGAAGAUGAUAGACUUCAAAUUGUUGCUACUGGAAAUAUUUGUAUAUGUCGCAACUGUUAGUCGUAAGAGUAGUCAUUUUCAGCUCUUCGUUUUUCUUUUCCUUGGUCAAAUCUCGACAAAGCUUAGCUGUACUAAAAAUGGCUUCCAACUUAUUCAGCAAAUGUUCUGCUUAUUUCCACGGCACCGUGUAGUGGUUAUGAUGGGGUCGACAAGCAGAAAUUUUACUGCGCUUUUCACAAACAUGCGAAUUCUGAAGUUCAAAAGCCAACUGACGAUUGCGUUUUUCGCUGCCGUCAAUCAUCUUAACGGACCUCUUAGGAAACAAAACUUUACUUUAACGGGUGCAAAAGGUCAAGGUUUGUGAUUUGUGAUUGGAGGAUUUCGAUCCGUUUUGUGUGUCUCUGUGUUUCAAGGUUCGUUGCUUGUGAUCGUAAUUAUGAUUGACGGCAGCGAAAAACGUAAUUGUGAAGGCGGCUUUUGAACUUUAGAGUUCGCGUGUUUGUGAAAAGCCCAGUAGAAGCGCUUACAAAAUGCAACGGUAAGCUAAAAAGCCAAGACCUGUUACUUACUUUUUACAAACUUUCGACAGGUUGCAAGAAAUCAGGUUGAAUCGCACCUUCAAGCAGCUUCAAGUAACCACCUUGAUUUGGCCCGCAUUAACUUGCUUGGCACCCAAGAGAAGUUCAGAGAGAAAACAAGGAAAAUGGACGAAAGAAUGUCCGAAUUGGAAAAGCAGGUUUAUGACUUGAAGAACACAAACACCUUCCUCCUUGAGGCGGUGGCUUCCCUGGGACUUACUAUAGCUCCUCAACUGUCUUGGAGGAUUUGUAACAUCACUGAAGCCUUAAAACCCCCCACGCCGUACGGAACAGCAGCAUUACAGAGCGAACCUUUCUACUCUUCUGCUAAUGGUUAUAAAUUGAAGGUGUCUCUUUACCCCAGGGGUUCCAAAAGCCGCAAGAGAGGUUAUGUUUCUGUGUACCUGAUUGUUAUGAAAGGGGAAUACGACGAUGCAUUACCGUGGCCUUUCCGUCAUAAAGUAAUUUUUACCCUUAUUGACCAACAAGAAAAUCUAGAGAAAAGGAGGAAUAUUGUCCGUGAGUUAGUCCCUGACAUGAACCGAAAAUGGCAUGCAAGGGCUUGCGCAAAACCAACUGAAGACGAAAAUCCUGAAUUUGGAAUUUUUGAACUUGAGCCAAUAGACACAUUUUUAUAUCAAAAGACUCGAGGCUACCUUCUUGAUGAUUCACUCUUGCUUGAAGUGAGGGUGAUUCCUCAACUUAAUGUUGUUUGA